CAUAGAUGAGGGCAGACAUACCAGCUCUGUGUUCCCUUAGGGGAUUUGCUCUUUUUUUAGAAUUUUUUAAAAAAUAAUCAAAUUUGGGUGGAAGCCUUUCAAUUAAAUUGGCUGAAAAAACCACAACAAUAAUUAUAACUCCUCAACAGCAAUCAUGAAUGGAACAGAAGGUAUCAAUUUUUAUGUGCCACUGUCCAAUAAAACAGGGCUGGUUCGGAGCCCCUUUGAAUAUCCCCAGUUUUACUUAGCUGAGCCUUGGAAGUUCAAACUUUUGUCCUUCUAUAUGUUCUUCCUCAUCCUUGCUGGGUUGCCUCUCAAUGGCCUCACCCUCUUUGUGACCUUCCAGCAUAAGAAGCUACGGCAGCCACUGAACUACAUCUUGGUCAACCUGGCAAUAGCAAACCUUGUGAUGAUCGUCUUUGGCUUCACUACCACCUUCUACGCAUCCUGGUAUGCCUACUUUGUAUUUGGUCCCAUUGGCUGUGCCCUUGAAGGCUUCUUUGCAACAAUUGGAGGUCAAGUGGCACUCUGGUCGCUGGUGGUCCUGGCCAUAGAGCGCUAUGUUGUGAUAUGCAAACCCAUGGGCAACUUCCGCUUCUCCUCCACUCAUGCCAUAAUGGGCAUUGUUUUAACUUGGUUUAUGGCCUUAGCCUGUGCAGGUCCACCCCUGGUAGGUUGGUCCAGAUUUAUACCCGAGGGGAUGCAGUGCUCCUGUGGUCCAGACUAUUACACUCUCAAUCCAGAUUUCCACAAUGAAUCCUAUGUCAUGUAUUUGUUUCUCGUCCACUUUUCCACCCCCUUGAUAAUCAUCUUCUUUUCCUAUGGACGGCUCGUAUGCAAAGUCAAAGAGGCAGCUGCUCAGCAACAGGAGUCUGCAAGUACUCAGAAGGCAGAGAAAGAAGUUACCCGCAUGGUGAUCCUGAUGGUGGUGGGAUUUCUCUGUGCUUGGACCCCUUAUGCUUCUGUGGCAGUCUGGAUCUUCAACAACAAAGGGGCAGAAUAUUCUGUUACAUUCAUGACAGUACCUGCCUUCUUCUCUAAGAGCUCAUGUGUCUACAAUCCUAUCAUCUAUGUCCUCUUGAACAAACAGUUCCGUAAUUGCAUGAUCACCACAAUCUGCUGUGGCAAGAACCCCUUUGGUGAAGAGGACGUUUCAUCAACUGUAUCGCAGAGCAAGACUGAGGUAUCUUCUGUCUCCUCCAGCCAGGUGGCACCUGCAUAGGCUACGGACAGUUUGAUCUUUGGGGACCUGUCGCACUCUGGGGCCAGGAAAUAGAAGUAUGCUUACCCACCUGACAUCUGGUCCACAACCUCCUCUCAUGCAAUUGUUCCCCUAAUGCACAAAUGUUGUAUGCCACACACAUAGAAGAGUGCACAGCAUAGCAUGACCCAUUUGCAGAUAUCUAGUUGUACCAACACUAUAUAUAAUCUCCCUGUGCAAUAGUUGUGUGUGUUCUCUAACCAUUUGUGCAAGCAUUACUUUGGGCAAAUAUCUGCAAAUGCACCCAGUGCAUUUGUUGAAAAGGACGCGGUCCCU